CGGAGCAAUACUACUAAACCUCAAUAAAGGUAACCACCAUCACCAAGAAGAAGAAGAUUCGACGCCACAACCGCUGUCGGCGCGCGGCGGCAGAUCUGCAGAAAUUAGAAAAAUAACAUGAACUCCUCCGAUCAACGCCGCAAGAGAAAACGCAUUCUCCGCCACUCCGAUUCGCCGCUGCCGUUUUCUCUCGUGCGUGUAUUGUCAGUAAGAUCUCUCGUCUCGUGCUUCAGUUUCCUCGUAUUUCUCUGUAUUUUAUCGUACACGAAAAUCCCGUUCACUUCUUCGUCUCUGUUCCGCCCUGUUUUAGUGGUUUCGAGCUUACCCUUACUCUCCUCCAACUCUUCUACUUUCCCCACUUCUAAACCGGGGGCCGGUUUUCCAUUCCCACUUCAAAUUGAGAACCGGGUUUUGUUCCCCGAUCACGUCCUGUUACUGGUGGCCGCCGAGAACACCGCCACUGAUGAACUCGAGUGCGUUUAUUCUGGCAAAACCCUGUUCAGCAGCCUUAAUUUCUCUGUUAAAAAGGUGCUUUCUGUAGAUAAAUACGAUGAUUUUAGGUCUGUAAUUAGGUGCCCACUCCCAUCUGCGAAUUACUCGGCGGACCCAAAUCUGAGGCGGCGUGGUAAAAAUCGAAUCUUUUUCAGGAGUAAUCGGACACUGAAUUCUUGUUCUUGGGAUAAUCUUUCCUACGCCGCAGCCCUAGAUGGCGGCACAGUAAUCGUGUUUGUGAAGGGAUUGAAUCUGAGGGCCGAUAAAGAAUCCGAUCCAAGCGGAUUCACUUGCCAUUUUUGGUUGCGGAAACAGGACAAGAAUGGCAACUCUAUCCUCAAAACGAAGGCUUUGACCGCCGCUCAAGAGAUUGUGAGGUGUUCGUUGCCGACGAGCAUUCAAGAAAAUCCCGAUCAUAUUCGAGGCGUUCGUGUGACCGUCGGAUCGAGGCACCGCAUCAACGGCCGAGAUUUCACUAUACCUUCCGUGGCGAAGAUUUCCAAUCUAGGGUUCCACGGAAAGAGUAGGAGGAAAUACGAGCUCUGCGUGUGUACUAUGGUGUGGAACCAGGCUUCCGCCAUUCGAGAGUGGAUUACGUACCAUGCUUGGCUCGGAGUUGAGAGAUGGUUCAUCUACGAUAAUAAUAGCGAUGAUGUGAUCGACGACGUCGUCCAAGAACUCGAAAAUGAAAAUUUCAACGUCACGAGGCAUCUAUGGCCGUGGAUCAAGACUCAAGAAGCGGGGUUUUCCCAUUGUGCCCUUCGAGCAAAAGACGAAUGCCAUUGGGUUUCUUUCAUGGAUGUGGACGAAUUCUUCUACUUCCCAUACUCGACUCGCGGGCACCAAAGCUUCCGGAACUUGGGCUACGCGGGACCCAACUCGCUUCGAACUUUAGUGUCAAACUUAUCCACGUCAUCAUCAUCGUCGUCAAGAAGCGGUGGUAGUAAUAUAGGAGAAAUACGAACGACUUGCCACAGCUUUGGACCGUCGGGGCUGAAAUCGAGGCCCACACAGGGAGUUACGGUGGGGUACACGUGUAGGCUACAGAGUCCAGAGAGGCACAAAUCAAUUGUGAGGCCCGAUGCGCUGGAUAAAACCCUUUUGAACGUGGUGCACCAUUUCCAUCUGAAGAAGGGGUUCAAGUACUUGAAUUUGCCGGAGAGUGUGGCUGUAAUCAAUCACUACAAGUACCAAGUGUGGGAGGUUUUCAGGGCCAAGUUUUACAGGAGAGUAGCUACUUACGUUGUUGAUUGGGGAGAGAAUCAAAACGAGGGUUCAAGAGAUAGGGCGCCCGGUUUGGGGCGGGAGGCCGUGGAGCCGCCUGAUUGGCCGCGGAGAUUCUGUGAGGUUUUUGACACGGGGCUUAGGGAUUUUGUUUUGUCGAAUUUGGCUGAUUUUUCGACUGGUUCGUUGCCUUGGGAGGUGAAAUCUGCUCUUGACUGAUCAACUUGAUUGUAAAUGAAAGAAAAAUAAUAGUCAUAUUCUUUUGUUGAUUGUUUCAG